CUAAAAUAAGUAUAAAUGUACGUUAUACGCUAUACACUCUCCCAUCUCCCUUAUCCUGAUCAACAACUAGGGUUUUAGACACUUUCAAAAACCCUGAAAAUGGCGACUCGAGUUCUCCUUCGCUCGCUCAUCACCACCGCCAGUCAAACCCUAACCCCUCGCUUCUACACCACCACCACCACCUCCGCCUCCAUCCUCCGCCUCCGGCCGCUUGUCGCCGCCGCCAACAGCCUCCGUCACGCCUCACUUGUGGCCACUGGGAUCCGUACUUUCUCCACGCGCCAAACCACAUCUUCUCUAAACGAUUCAAACCCUAACUGGUCUAAUCGCCCCCCUAAGGAGACGAUCCUGCUUGAUGGCUGUGAUUUUGAACACUGGCUUGUUGUUGUUGAGAAACCUGAAGGUGAACCUACUAGAGAUGAGAUUAUUGAUUCGUAUAUUAACACGUUAGCGAAGGUUGUUGGAAGCUAUGAUGAAGCAAGGAUGAAAAUCUAUUCGGUCUCUACUAGAUGCUAUUAUGCUUUUGGAGCCCUUGUCUCUGAAGAAGAUUCAUACAAGUUAAAAGAGUUACCGGGUGUUCGUUGGGUGCUACCUGAUUCUUAUUUGGAUGUUAAGAACAAGGAUUAUGGAGGGGAACCGUUUAUUGAUGGGAAAGCUGUUCCAUACGAUCCAAAGUACCAUGAGGAAUGGAUCAGAAACAACGCUAGAGCAAACGAGAGAAACAGAAGAAAUGACAGGCCUCGCAACUUUGAUAGGUCAAGAAACUUUGAGAGGAGAAGAGAAAACAUGCAGAACAACCGUGGACCACCCGGUGGUUCAAUGGGAGGACCUCCAAACAACGUAGGUGGACCAACCAAUGCUGGCGGUGCACCACCGCCUGGUAACAUGGGUGGAAUGCAACAAGGUGGCGGCAUGGGAGGACCACCUAAUGCUGGUGGUCAAUCUAACUGGGGCCCUCCCCGUCAAAGCUACAACGGGGGCCCACCAAACAUGAGCGGAGGGAUGCCACCACAAAACAACAUGGGCGGUGGUAUGCCGCCACAAAACAACAUGAGUGGUGGUAUGCCGCCACAAAACAACAUGGGCGGUGGUAUGCCGCCAAAUGCUCCCGGUUACCAGCAACAGGCAAGGUAUGGACCAGGUCCUAACAGUGGAGGCGGUCCAUCUCAGUCUGGACCGGGGCCAAACAGUGGAGGCGGUCCAUAUCAGUCUGGACCAGGGCCAAACUAUGGAGGUGCACCUCAUCAGUCUGGACCAGGGCCAAACUAUGGGGGUGCACCUUAUCAGUCUGGACCGGGACCAAACAGCUAUGGACCAAAUGGAGGUGGUGGGAACCCUUACCAGAGCCAGGACAUACCUGGAAGAGACAUGCCCCCUCCAGCAAACUAUUCACAGAACUAUCAGUGAGCAUAUAAUAGACAUGAAGCGCAAAUUCUACUUUAUUUCAGUUACUUGGACCUGAUGAGUUUUGUCUAGUUCAUAAGAUUGUUAUAUAAUCUUUGCUUUAGUUUAAUAACUUUUUACUGCUUAACGGUUAAUUUUGAGGUGUUUACUUGCCUUGAUAAUCAGGUUGUUAACUUAUU